ACAGGAUCUCGAUCGAUCAGACGCAUAUAAUUGCAAGGUACCGAGACGAAAAGAAACUGACAACGCUGGUUUAUCCGCAUCCGGAGAGCUUCUUCUUUCACGUGAACAAACAUAAUUUCCACAACAAACUUUCAUCAAAUGUUAUAUAUCUUUAACUAUGUCAAAUGCGACUCAAACAGCUUAUGAUAGUACGGCUGUACUUGUCAUAGAUGGAAUUUGCCAUAGUCCUUCGUUGCUUUGCGUUACUGUCACGUCGACGUACCUCCUUCUCAUUAUCAUAGGAAUUGUUCUGAAUACGCUUGUGUGUCACGUCAUGGUGAAAAGCAARCGUUACAUCAAAUCAAUCAGUUGCUUCAUGAUCACUCAUUUGUGUAUCGUAGAGAUAGCUUAUCGUGUGGCCGUCACGCCUCCUCUGGUACUGUUAUCACUCCCAUCAAGUGGAGAACGAAGUUCGAUUCCUUGUAAAGCGAGUUACUUUAUUGCAAGCAUGUGUCGUGCCGCCAUCUUUGGUAGUCUWGUGGUGAUCGCCUUGGAUCGGUAUCGUAACAUUGUCCAUCCAUUAAAUAGCCUUAAGCACUCCGUGCGUCCAAUCAAGUUAGUUYUUUCUGUGUGGGUGUAUUCCAUCGCCUCGUCCGCCAUGUUUCUUUUCACCGCAGAACAAGUUCCUCUGAGUAAGCUUCCAGAAGGAAAAAUUGCAGAUCGUCGCCAAAGCGACGAGACUUCGUGCGACGUCAAACCCGAUUACGUAGGUGGAAUCUCCGUCACUGUAUCCAUGGUAAUGACCUUCGUGGUUCCCUUGGUAACAAUCGUCAUUGCUUACACGGCGAUAUUUGUAAGCUUGCGCCGUCGUUGUCGAAGUGGAUUGGUCCACAAGUCCGCUGCCAAGUCCAAAACUAAAGCUGCCAAGAUGCUCGUCAUUGUGGUCUGCUGUUUUGUGGUUUGCUGGGCGCCUGAGAUUAUCAUAGCAACUAUUCGGUCGUACGGAGGCUUAGAUGCCACGCCUAUUGGUGUUCUYGUGGGUGUGUCCAUUACGACAUACUUGUUGGUGCUUUGUAGCUCGUUAGUUAAUCCAAUCAUCUACGCCUUUUAUAGCUCAGGGUUUAAGGAUGACUUCACGAAAAUGUGCGCAUGCCGUCGACCCAAGACAAAGAUUAAUCACUCAGGGUCUGGUAGAAGCAGAACGACCGCCUACGAUACUCCACUAUAAUGACAAAUGAACUGACAGAGUUGCACUAUAUAACAUAUGAACUGUUAAAUGAGUUGUAUCAAAUAUUGUGCACUUUCUCGCAAUGAUGUUAUGGUUAGGGUUCGAGUCCUACCAUUUUUCUUUGUACACAUCUAUAUAUCAUGAUAUAUUGUUCAAARGUCUUUUUGCUAAAAUUUCUGCAAGUUUCAAAAGUAGUCCGUAGAAAAGGUAUAGAAUUCGUUUUCCUCGGUCUCCUGAGUAAACUUGAUGUGAUUAUGAACUCUUACUAAUUCGUUUAAGUGGUAAUAGUUACAUUAGGUUACACUAAAUCCUAACCUCAGAGGUCCCAACGCAAAAACAACGGGGAAAUGACUUGAGUUGGGUUUCGAUCAGGGCUUUGAAAUGAACACACGUUUGCGCUCACACGCAAAUAGAAACCCAUAUCUGCCAAAUAGUGAAGUAUUGAGCAUCGUAUAUCAAAGUAUCGAAUUAAAUAUUCAACCGAAACUUUGUAAACAUGGAGUUAGAUCGUAAAGUAUUUGUG